AUGGAUGCCUCCGUUGAUGAAAUAUUCAGGCAGAACACGGUAGAUGACAUUCGCCGUAUCUGUGCCGGAAUACGGUAGUGGUGUUUUUUCUCGGAAACUUACCCGCUUCACAGAAAUGAAGUUGAAAAUAAAAAGGUCGAACUGCGGUUUCUGGUGGGUGAACGACAUCGGGACAUUAUUGAAGCAUCGGACAGCAUCUUGUUUAUGAAGGAGUCUAGCUCUGAGGUUAGUGGCUAACAUCCCUCGCAUAGCCUCUCUAGAUCAGUCGUCUGUUGGAUCUGCUAGAGAACGCCUGCAGACCCCUAUCCUCUGCCACCUUGCCUUCCACAAAAGUUUCUACGUAAGCAUUCACGUAGUUGACAAAGCUAUCUCGUCUUCACUCCUUUCUUCUAGAUUGGAUGCUAUAAAAAUGAAUCAGAAGAAGUCAAUAGCUGCCCAGCUAAAACUGCUGCUAGACGUUCCGGAGUUGGUAUUCUGUGACUUCUCACUGUCAUCCUUUUUCUUUAGACAUGGUCUGCUUUAGACGAUUCGGACUACACUACGGCCAUGCUUUUCUUUCUUCUGGGCAGACAUCUGUCCGUGAAACUGCAGCUCAGUGGAGAAAUGCUUUCUGCUCACGUGAACGCCAAGGUGCUCUUAAAACGCCAGUGGGCUGCGUUGGACCAUGUUGAGACGACGAUAAUCACUGCUUGCCGUAGCCAACUUUCUGCGCCGUUUGCUGACGAAGAGGUCUGGUACCGACCUAAAAAUUCUUGCUCUUACACCUUGCUAUUCAUUGCUAAAUUUUUUGUCGGGUGUUUUGCGGAUUAUCAUCAUUUGUCUCUCUUUCCUCUCCGUCUGCCCCCCACUCCUCUCUCUUCAAUACCCUUCGUCCUUAUUCUCCCGUAAUCUUCUUACAUAAUCAUCGACAGUACGCUACAUUCUCCUCCUCCUCCUCCUCCUCCUCCUCCUCCUCCUCCUCCUCCUCUGCGUCUUCCUAACCAACCCCAAUACAACUGACAGUUCGGUCGCCACAUGCGAGGACCUCCACCGCGUGUCCUACAGAGCGGGCGUGGCAUCGGCAACUUGCACGUGAACUAGUUUCUAAUAGUAGUGGACUUGCACAGCAUCUACUUCAUUCUGCACCCUCACCACCUUCCUCCAAUGGGAAGGCAGCAUCGUGGACGCAGUGGCCGACAAAGCUCAGCCACUCGUGACUUGUUCUGCGCACUCAUGCCUCCAGGCUUCUAUGUGGGCGACUCGGAUUUCGCAUGCGUGGAAGUUUCACGGAGGUCACAUUAGGAAGGAGUCAUUUCGAUCUGAUUAUCAGCCUUGAGAAGGAUCGAGUUAUUCCUUCAGUUGACAACCGCCCAAGCGCAUCAUGAUACAUUCAAGCGCGUCAGUUUCAUUAUUUGUGUGGAAAGUGCUGAUUUGCAAUAUGGGGCGGAUUCCCUAGGUUGCGCAGUGGCCUGUGUUUAGGUCAAGCCAUGGCGCACAUAUACGGCAGUAGUUCCGGCAACAGCGCGCACUCAGCCCAAUCUGAUAAAUGCGCGUCGUGGUUUUGAUUUAGUAUGUUUGCAGUGUAGCCCAUUGUUGGGGCUUACCUAAUACAACCACUAUUACCAUCGUUUUCACUAGCAGUACGCGCUGUCAUUCGUUUUUAUUUAGUUUGCGAAUUCCACGCUUAUCUAAGGGUCUUUUGAAGUCUGCCCCUUGUGAAAACCACACUCAAUCGCUUUAGUGAUCAGCUGUGCAUAUCCGUCUCGGUGAAUAGCCGGCUGAACAUCCACAAUAUUUUUUCUGACUGUGUUGUUGAGAGUGGUAUGUAUAUGGCCAUUCCAGUCUCCUAUGUCUUUGUCGAUAAUAACAUACUGCCUAUAGCACGCGCCGCUGUGCGGCUGCUGGUUGGGUUCGAGAGAGAGCCCGUAAGACACAACGGAACGAGUGAGUUCCGUAAGAACGAUCGGUGAGCGUCCCCUACCAUUGUAUAUUACCGAUCGAAACCGACAGAGCUGUUGGCGUGUGGCCCAGCGGUUAGAGCCGUGGACUUAUGACUAGCAGGUCGCGAGUUCGAGCCUCGGGUGUUCCACUCCUCGGGGUUGGGUAUGGCUGGCUGAUGACGGCUAAUGAGCCAGAAACGGCCACUCCAGUCUCCCUUGUCUUUGUCGGUAUCAUGUCAUUUACUUCUGCUACUAGUCGCUGUGCGACUGCCUGCGAGGGUGCUAUUAUGAGCUCAAGGCACAGCGGAACAAUCACGUUCCGUAACCUGAUCGGUGAGCACCCAUCUUUAGUUUUAUUAACUGUCCAAACUCGACUCACCGACCUUCUACUGUUCCCAACUGCCUUGGUCGAAGUCGAGCGGUUUUUAUUCACCACUGUUUAAUAAAAAUAAACCCAAAUAAACCCUUUUAAGUACUUUAGAUGAUAUCUGCUAUUUGAGUAAAUUCACUUUUUUUACUACCUUUUUGUGUUGCAGUCCGUAUGCGGGGCUUUGUCGGCACUGACUGUCCUCGAGGAUCAGACUAUGGAACAGUCUUUGGAGGAAUUUCUUUCAGGAAGGACCGUACGUAUCACUAUCCACCCCAUUCUAUUCAUUUCGUUCGAUUUUCAUUUUCAGAUAAUUUUGUUAGUUUUUGUUCCCAAACGGUGUUUUUUACGUGACACGGAAAACUAAAUUCGGGUCACUAGAAUUCGUUUGCAGUAGCCCAAUUGCCUCAGAAAUCUGCCUUCCUGUGCUCAUUUGAGACCAAAAGGCACUAUUGCUCUCCCAUUUCCUGGUUAAAGUCUGUACUCGUACAUCGAUGGGUACUGUUGUCGAUCAUUACUGCGCAUAAUGAACGACUUUGACGAACAUAUGUAUGGUAGUCGGGUAGCAUGAUGUUCCUCUGUUAUGUUGUCCGCAUUCUUAAAUACAAACUGAGCUGCCAGACAAUUGUUCCAUUUCGCUUUUGGAGACAGGGAGGAAAUGAGCCUUCUUUUUCGGAAUCAUUCUUUCCCUUCUGAUGCCCGCUUUACAUUUGACUGUUUUUUUUUAAGUGCGAACUGCCUCGCACGACUACGAGGUUUCAUUCAGUUAAAUACUCGUUCUCCAACAUUUUACUCAGUAACAGCUGCAGAUUAUAAUCGCGGUCUCUCCUAUUUUAGUUUCUUUUUAAGCGUGAUAGGCAAGGCCUUGGGUAGGGGGAGCUCUAUUAUUUGCCGUGCCGAAAAGUUCCGCCAUUAAAGUAUUACUGACACGGUAUACGUAGCAUGGUUUAGCAGAAUUAUUUCCGUUGGUGUGGUAUUUAUUUUCGUUAUACCCGUUUUCACAGUUGGCGGUUAAUAAACUGCUCGGGUGUGAGUCUCCUCUUCCGUCAGCUGUUCCAAGAUCAGGUGAAGUACAUGAGAGUCACAUCCAGUUGCCUGUCCGUCGUCGUCUAGCCCUUGUCGCUGAGCUUCUGUUGAAGACUUUGGAUCUUGUUGGUAGACUCUACGCCUGCUGCGAGGAGAAUGCCGGUGGCCAAAUCAGCAUCCAGUUGAAGAAUCUCCUAUCUUGGCGUCUUAGAGGUAUCUCUCUUUUCUGAGUCACGACUAGUCCAAAUAACGGACGACUUUUGUGGCUGUACUUAAAAUUCUCCUAACGCGAAAGCCGUGCCUUUUAUCUCUUUUCUGCUCUACAGACACACCCUGCUUUGCCAGCGACAACCUGUUUGAGUACAUUCCUGAGAACGUAGCCUCCUUCCGAAUCGAUUCUGUUGGAUCCGUCUUAAGAAAGCCCGUGACACCAACGGUACUAGAUCCGGCAAUAACCAAGGACCUGGCAGAUUGUUCACCCGAACAUCGUGGAGUUCAGGCCUCUCCACUGGACCAACAAGAACUGACUGCUCGCAUCAGUGAAUGGUGGCAGCAGUAAGUUCCUGAGAAGAAUGCUUUUAUUUCCUGGUCUAUUACGUCCCCACGCUAUUACAUAAUUCGUAACGACAGAUAACUCAGGGCGUUAUUUACCUCUGUUUUUCGCCUGGUCACUCAGGGUUACUGUGAGGAGGGGACAAGUUCCCUGGAAUUGUCCUGGCUUGACCCUUUCCUAAUAACAAUCGAACACACAUCAACUUCGCCUCCAGCUCGACCCUUUGACCUGUCGAAUUCGCAUUGUGUUUAGAAAUGGCCGCAUCUUCCAGUCCGUGUCAAAAUGGACUAAACAAUUACGAGACAUGCAUUUCCUUCACGGUUACAUGUCAAGAUUCCAAGGUCUACCUAGUACCAUUGAAAGGAUUCAAUAGUCGAAUCGCAACGCGCCAUCUGGUUUGUUUCCAUUCUUGCUUGCCAUACGGGAUGCAUGAAGUGUUAACCAAGUGGGCCUAAUGAGGACCGCACGCCGUUGCCUUGUUUGUUGUGCGUUUGACGGUUUUGUCCCUGCUACGAAACGCUUUGUCCGCCAUUCCGGUAAUGGUAUUUGAACGCGUUGGAAAUGGCCUACAGUACUGGUCUUAAGGACUAUUGCUGCGCUAUCAGUUGUACGCGAUAAUGGCCGACGUUCCGCCCACUCGCCAUGAACUCGCGCAUACAGCUGCAUCCUCGUCCCUUUGUUAUACAUAAUUGGCCAGCCCAAGCCUCCUGGACUUCCGCUUUAAUUUUUUGGGCAAUCUUAUCACAGGACAAAGGACAAUUCCUCAUAUAGGCACAUCCUCCUUGAUGCAUACACUAACAAGUCCGGAAAUCCUUGCAUAGUUUAUUAUUGUGAUCGGAAGAUCGUUGCCGAUCCAUCUGACAGUCAGCUAUUCACGAAUGAAGGCGAAUUCUAGGUGUGUGUAGAAGAAGAUGGGUGGUCGAGCUUUCGAACUAGUGCAGUAGUCCAUCGUCAGAGAUAGUAGCAGUAACAGAACAAGGGUCAGUUCUAGGGUUCGCAAGCCAAUCAUCGACCGAGGGCGCAAGACUGGAGGUGACUGCACAGGGCUCUGUACGCCGGCGCCAGAUCGACAAAUAGAUCGACUGGGUUCUCAUCCGAGGCCCAGGCUUCAACCAAUCCUCGGCUUGUUUUGUUUCCGACGUGGGUGACUAUUUUGGUGGCUACAAAGUUAAAUUCAUGACCCUUUUCGUAGGUGUGGGCGGCCACUUGUGAUAGUGCGUGCCACGUCGCACAACCAGCCCAUGUUCGUGUAUGCGCGAUCCAAACUUGCGUCCAGUCUGAAAUGUGUAGUUGCAAGGACAAUUUUGGCACUGGAUGCGAUACCAUGAUCCAGAUUUCCCCUCAGACUUUAACCGGUCAUUGAUUUUCGUGGCCUUACUGCGCGUGGUGGCUUUGGGGCGGUGUGCAAUUCCAACACCUAGCUCCGCAUCUAUUUUGCACUCUAACUACUACAAGCAAAGUUUGUUGCUGAUGUUUCUUCUGCCUAAUUUACAGUAUAAUGUUGUAAAGCACGAAUUUUUUGAUGUGAACUUGUCCUUAACCUUAAUAAAGCGUCCAAAGUUGUAAGAUUCCUUCAAUGCACGUUAUCGUUGAGCGUCCAGAAAUGGAGAUUCAUUGUAUACACUGCCCCGCCCUAUCUGCCUCUUUCCGUCGACCAGGACCCUAACCGUCUGCCACCGCCAACUGUCGGACUAUCUACGCUAUGCCGGCGACCUUGAAAGUCUCAUUAACACACGUGCGGCCACCUUGCGCAUCUUCAGCUCUCCGCCCUCCGACGAUCCCUCAGCCCCCACCUCUGCCCCCUCUUCCGAGGCCCUCAGAGCCCGUGCUCUUGGUCGCAGUGUUGAUCUCUGGUCGGAACUCUAUCAGCCCAUUUUCAUGGCUCAUUUGGAGGUUAGUCAGCUGCUUGGUUUCAUCCAUCGCCCGCCCCCCCCCCCUAAAAGAACACAGUGUAAAUUAAGUGCCAUGAAGUGUUGACAGGAAGAUUGAGGUUAGAACUCUGUUAAGCGGACUGACAGCGGUUUUGCCGGACUCUCAGAACAACCUAGCUCCAUUCUACAGUGGCAUAGCCUGAGGAUAGAAAACCUGCCUAGUAGAAAUGGGAUCGGUUGUGGUUGUGGCCUGCCAUUGGUGUGGCUAGAAAAGUUUUCUGCAAAACGGUCUACGCAGGCCACCUUCACAACUUCAGCCCCUAAUAUUCUCAACCUUAAGGGAUGUUAUUCAGCCUAUUCAUACUGUACUUGUUUCACUUUCAAGGUUCUGUUAAGUUACCGCCUUGACAGAUCUUUUAACAGCAUUUAAUGAUUAUGUCGCCUCCCCCCUUCAUUUUACCAAACAGUCAAACGUUUGCCUUCUCGUUACCCUGUUAAUCCCAAUCCGCUUGUCGCUUAUCCCUGCUCCUUCUCCCCCUCCCUUAUGUAGACGCUUUUGGAAAAGCAGUUGGGAAGCAUUUUCACCGAUUGGCGUGAAUCCGUCCUUUCUGUUGCCAAAUCGCUCGACGACACUGACGAAUCCAACCCUACUGACAAGGUUAGCUGCCUGUUAUAACCCAGCGCUUCGGCCCGUUUCUCUGAUUUUUAGCACAAUCUUGCUUUAUUCAGUGAACAAGCAGUCUGGUAUGAGAACGGUUUUAGUGUACUUCUGUACUUCAUUGGUGAUUUUAUUUAAAACACUCGUCUGACAGACUUUUAAACCAUGGCACAGUUACAGGCGACAGUCAGAGGUCAUUUUAGGCACGCGAGGCUGGUUGGUCCUUGGCGAGUUUAGCAGUUGUUGACUGCCUUUCUUCUUUCCUUCUUCCAUUGCAUUACGUUCGCUUGACGUCGCUACAGGCCUCAGAAGUUGGGGCUUUUAGUGCCCCCUCUGUCGGAGGGGUUUCGGGAAAGGAGAAUGAGUCGUGCCCUGUGCGUCAAAAUACAAUUCUUAUAUUCUCUGUAUACUUCUUCCGCAGUCUCCGUCUCACGACUUGGAAGUCGACCUCUCCCGCUUCGUCUGGUGUCCCCCCGCCUCCUCCACAGCACCCAGUAUCUUCUCAGAACUGAUUGUUGACGCGCGGCAACCAUCAUCAGCGGUGGCAUCCCUCCCGCAGCCUCCGUUGGCCUCGCGCGACCUUUCGGAGUCCAUGGGUGUAACCUUUUUCGCCUGUCUCACGGGCAGACAGGACCUCCUGCCACCACCUACGCCAUUGCCAGCUCCCUCCACCAAUCAGGAUGGGAGUUCCCACUUGCCGGAGACCGUCACAUCCGGCAGCCUGCCGACCCACCUUGUCUGGAGACUGCAACGCCUUCUGGAGUCUGCCCUGAGCUCCAGAAGUCGUGACCUGAAUGGGCGUCGGCUGGAGUCGCGGUCAUCUGCCACGUGUGUGAAACAGGAGUUGAAUCAGCGAUUGCACCUCUACACACCGGAGAUUAUUAAGUAAGUUCGGCUAGGGCCAAGGGGUGGACGAGAAGGCCCUCCUCUCAAUGCCUUCUGAGGUUACUUUGGGAGAUCCUGUGUGUGUGUGUGCAGUUGGGAAAACCUUUCAUUUGCAGGUGUUACAUCUCACAUGUCUCCUAGAGUAGGAUUACAAACGCGCGCAGCAAAAGUAGCCGUCAGAUGACAUUCUUGUCCCCCGAAAUUGUAAGGCAGAGCAGUAGGAGAAGGAGAGAGGUUCGAAGUACUAAAGUAUGACGAUAUAGACAUCCUGUUAUUUGACACAGUUUUAUAUGAACUACCAUGUCUCCCAAGUUCUCAAAGCGUUCCUAAGGUCUCGUCGUUUUUACUCCCCCCCGUCCCCCCCCCCUAGAAAUUGCAAAGCAGAAUCAGCAUUUUCGUCCCGUCUGAACACAAUGCAGCCCCUCAAAAGGCCUGGUUCACGCGAUUUCGUUGGAGUUUUUCCUUACUUCGUCUACAAUCGUUUGUCAGGUGAAAGUAGCAGGCCGAAAUCCCAAGCCCGUGAGGUUACUCACUGAGUUCAGGUCGCUGAGACUGUUGAUCGGAAGUUGCACUAGAUCACAUCGACUCCACGCGACUCUGCGCAUUUGGUGGUGGCGUAAGCGGUGUCUUUUUGACAAUGCCUCAGGAGGUCAGUUUACAUUGGUGGAGGGGCGCUCACCAUUCGUCCUUACGGAACUCACUUGUCUCGUUUUGCCUUACGCGCAAUCUCUCGAGCCUAGCCGGCAGCCGCGCAUGAUAUAGACAGUAUGUUAUUACCGACAAAGACAAGGGAGACUGGAAUGGCCAUUUUUGGCUUAUUAGCCGUCGUCAGUCAGUCAUACUCAACCCUGAAGUGUGGAACACCUGGGUCUCGGUCCCGCGACCUGUUAGUUAGAAGUCCAAUGCCUCUAACCACUGAGCCACGGACCCGUCGUCCACACUUCGGAAUUGGGUUUGACUGACUGACGACGGCUGAUAAGCCAGAAAUGGCCAUUCCAGUCUCCCUUGACUUUGUCGGUAAUAACAUUCGUCAGUUUGCAUCCUAGAAUAGCAGUAACUAGAAUGUCGGACUGAUAACCAAAAGAGCGCGGGAUUGGGCCUCACGAAUGACUGGCUGAUGACGGUACAUAAACCAGAAAUAGUCACACCAGUUGCCCUUGUCCUUGUCGGCAAUCUCAUUCUGUCUAUAUUAUUAGUCGCUGUGCGACUGUUUUCUGGGCUCGAUGUGGUGCCCCGAAACGCAGCUGGGCGUGCAGGUCCCGAAACAGGAUCUCUGAGCGCCCUCCACCAUAGCACACACUUUCUGGAAUAGUACUUGCAUGUUAGAGGCAUAGGGUCAUCUGUCGCCACGGGCAUACUGCGUAACAUCGUAAUGGGAUAAACUUACAGAGCUGACAAUUUAGCCCGUAGUUGUGCGAUUUUGAGCUGUUGGCAAAGCGCCGACUGCACACUUUUAAUCCUAAAUACUUUCCGACCCGUCUGUUCUUCGGGGCAAGUCUUUACGCCUCUUCUCUCCUUUUUAGGAUUUGUGAACGAUUUGAUAAAGGGUUGUGCGAUACCAUUGGCCUUGCUGUGUCAGGCGCUAAACGCGAUGAGGAACUGGUGUGGAAAUUAAUUCUUGAUGUCGUGCAGAGGCUUCUUCAGAGGUGAACCCUUGAGCCCUUCAUGCCAUUUCAAAGGUUUUACGAUUAGUGACUUUUUUGAGGUAGUAUCCCAUGAAACCAUUCAUUACACGCAUCAAUUGAUAACAAAAAUCCUGGGAAAUCUGAUAUUGACGGUGCAUGUGUUGCCAUCAAAAACGACGGCUCCAGAGUAUGCCUAAAAGGUUUGUCUACUUUCGUAACUCUUCUUUCUACAUGUUCUCAUAGUUUAAAAAACUGGUGGCUAACUACAGACAUCAGUUUAUCGUAAAGGAAUGUACUCAGAGUUCAGCCUUUAUUGCUUAAGUAACUAUUUGGUCUUUUACAAAUGGAGUUCUGUCAACAGCUUUCUACUCUAUCGAAGUUAUCGAGCUGUUUUAGCAGGAUAUACAGUAGGUGGGCUAACUCAAAAAAUUUCAACCGAAAUUCCGAAAUGCGUUUUCGUUUCGAAAAGAUUAAUGAAUUAGGGUUGUAAAACCAGUCAGCUUGCAACAUAAUUCUGUAAUAUUUCAGUUACGCCAGGAUGCCGGCUUUCGAAUGAACUUCCCUCCGGCUGCUUGCAAAAUCUACACUCUAAAAAACGAUAACUUAAUUAGCAUGGAUUUUUCUCAUUGAUUUUCGAUGUUCUCACAAGUCAGAUUUUAUUUCAUAGAAAACAUGCAUAAAAAUAUUAAUUCUUUUACUCAUUCGGUAGAAAAGUGCGUCUUCUUCUAAUUUCAUGCUCCAGGGAGAGACAUAAUUCAGUUUUAAAACAGUUUCUAAUUGUGGGACUUUUAAAUACCGUGAAAUGGCCGUUCCUAAAUCGCCAUGUUUCUGCAUUUACCUAUGUGGCUUGUAAAGUUAAUAAUAUGGAUCAAACCCACCGCUAAGUUUUAUGAACCCUAUAUAGUCCCCCUUUAUUACCGUAGAGAAAUGUGUAGUUUUCCGUACGCGGAAAAUAUACGGCUUGCAGUUUGGAAACCCUGAAUCCAAAAAUAACGGUAGAGCGGGUUCAAAAUCAUUCGGGAAUAAGAAAAUUUUUUAAAAACCGAAUUAUACCCUUCUUUCGAGUAUCAAAUUGAAAUAAGAGGUAAUUUUCUACCGAAUGAGCCAGAGAAUGAAUUUUUUCAAUGCAUUUUUCCGUGAAAUAUAAUUGAAUUUUUAAGGGUAACGAAAAUUUACGAGAAAAAUCCAUUUCGUUACAGAGUGGUAGUUUUUGCAUGAAACCGGAGGGAAGUUCUUUUGAAUGCCGGCAUCCUGAGGUAACUGAAAUAUCAUAGAAUUAUGUUGCAGACCGACUAGUUCUUCAACCCUACUUAGUUUGGAGGUGACUCCACGCGUCGGUCAUCCGACGAGUAUUUCAUUUAGGUACUGUUUGGUCGUCUCAUCACACGGAGAUAUGUCUCUCGGUUGAUUUGGGCACCGUUUAGUGACACGUCCGUGCCGUGUUCGUCCUAUUGGUGUUCGCGGAGGUACCAGAUUUCGUGGUCCUCUUAUCGGACUUUGAAGAUUGAGGUGACUUCAGCUGCCACCACGACUUCAUUCAGCCCCCCCCCCUCUGCACACAGGUGCUCAAAAUCUUUUACGGUACAGCCAUCUGACGUGGUUUCAUUGGCUCUCCGCAAGUAAAGUGAAGGCGAAGAAGGCUUGAAUUAAUUGCCUCCUAUCUCCUUGUAGGUUUGAAGCGUUCUCUCAAGAAUUUCUUACCUCCUCCGAGCAUGUCUCAUCUGAAGCCUCCGGAGACUCAACAAGCGGGCAAGUGAAGAGUCGUGGAUCCUUCUUUAUAGCACGAGCUCUUCUUGCCGUCUUGGACGCCUGUCCGGGACUUGGUGCGGCCAUUGUGUCUGCAACCUGUCGCCUUGAAGCUGCAAACGCCGAAGUAACUGCCGGUGUUCCUGCCAAGUCGUAAGUGUCGAGGAUUUUCCACAUAUGCUUGUGGCACUUUAUCGUCAUCUUCCUCUCGACAGGCGUCACAACCGCCUGCCUUUUUGUAAAUUAAGCUCUAGCAUUCAUAGUCGUUGAAACUUUCCACCCGACAGCUGCCAGCUCGAAACUUGAAAGGCCCGAAGAAUGGGCACAGUUCUCUGUCAGGGAUCUGUUCCCUCCAAGUGCACCUGUUUAACUCGUGUACACACUAACUGGACAGCAGUUGCUCGUCCUAUUUUCUGCAUUGUCGAUUAUGGUUGUUUUCUCUGAUAGGCAUGCUCUUUUGGGGCAUUGCUUGAGCCACGAAGUUUUCGUUACCUGUUACUGUCAGAAAUUACCGUCUGUUGUCCGGCGCGACCACUACUGGCGGUUGCAGGAUUCUGACUUUGGCGUCUGACAAGUAAACAGUCAUAGAUCGGUAGUGGUAGUGAUGUCAAGGCGCAGAAGAUUUCAGCCUGAAAACGAAUGACGGAUGAAAUACCAUAAAAUCCCAUUAGGGCGACUGUGAACUGUCACUGGAUGAGUUCCCUUGCCACCGCUGCUUCAGAUCCUAGGCAUCCAAACAAAUGCCACGUGCGCUUGUUGGGAACUCAUAUGCACUCUCUCCAUCCUGUCGAAUUUUGUUUCCCCCUCUCAUUCUCUCAGGUACACUGUUCUGGCUGACAUUCCACGCCUUCGCCAGGUCUGGUUGGACGCCAGUCAGCGUCUGCGGUCUAUCGCAGCCCAGCUUAGCUUCGCGGCAAUAGUUCAGGCCACGAUUCACGAUGCGGGCGGAAGGACGGGUGGGCUGACUCCCGCCUUCUCCCAGCGUCUUCUCUCCGCCCUCCUCCAUGACGGAACUGGUGAGGACAAGCAGGCACCGGGUAGCCACGAGGAUUCCCAGCAUCUUCUGGACGGGCUUGGGUUGGAUGCGUCCUUGCUGGGCAUUUCUUCAGUGAGUUCUGGUGUCGUCUCCAGUUGGCUGUUGUAGAUUUCCGUAAAACAGUCAUCUUAGACCCUGACCGCAUGUUAAUGACCGCUUAGGAUUAUGUGCGUGCAUUACGAGAGCAUGAUUGGUGAUAGAAUUUAUAGUAAUAGUAGUACUAAAAGUAAUAGCACCAGCGACAGCAGCAGCAGAUUUGGUGAUACUGGCGGCAGCAGUCGUAGCAGAGCUAGUAUUAUUCGCAGUAGUAUUGACAGCAACGGCACCAACAGUAGUAAUAACGGCAUAAGUAACAAUAGUAGCAAUUGCAUCAACAAUAUUUGCAGUACUGGUGGCGGCGGCGGUGUUAUUAUUAUUAUUAUUAGUAGUAGUAGUAGUAGUAGUAAUAGUAGUAGUAGUAGUUGCUGUUUUUGUAGAGAUAGAAUUAGUAGUCGUGGCAGUGGUAGUAGUAGCGGUAGUGGUGGUAGUAGUGGCAGUAUUAGUAGUAGUUGUUGUAGUGAUAGGAUCAGUAGUCGUGGUAGUAGUAGUAGUAUCGGCAGCAGUAGUAGUAGUGCUAGUAGUAGUGGUAGUAGUAGUAGUAGUAGUAGUAGUAGUAUCGGCAGCAGUAGUGGUAGUAGUAGUGGUAGUAGUAGUAGUAGUAGUAGUAGUAGUAGUAGUAGUAGUAGUAGUGGUAGUAGUAGUAGUAGUAGUAGUAGUAUCGGCAGCAGUAGUGGUAGUAGUAGUAGUAGUAGUAGUAGUAGUAGCAGUAGUAGUAGUAGCAGUAGUAGUAGUAGUAGUAGUAGUGGCAGUAUUAGUAGUAGAACUAGUAGUAGUUGUAGCUGUAUUCGUAGCAGAAGUAUUAGUAGUGGUGGUGGUAGUAGUAGUAGUAGUCGUAGUAGUAAUAGUUGUUGUUGUUGUUGUUGUAAUUUGACUCGUGGCGUUUUCGAUGCUCUCGCCACCGCUCGCGUUAAGUAGGAACCACAACGGUAGCAGGAAAAGAAACAUUUUUUGACACUUAAGUUGCACAAUUCUUGUUUCCGGCACCACUUUUCCCAUUUCAAUGUCAGUUUCCUUUACAGUACUGGUUUUGUAUGCACCUCCAAUCCGUCGCUAUUAUAGUACCAUGCUCGGAAUAUCCGAACCUCCCCCCCCCUUUGAUAAUUCACCUGCACCCUUGGGUUUCAGGUUUGGUCUGAAAUUGUCAUGAAAUCCGACGAGCUGGAUAUCCGAUCAAAGCCUGGUGACGCUUUGACUGAUGUUCUUGAAGACGCUGUCGCCGUCCUGCGGACCCCCUCUCGACCGACCUGGCUUCUUCAUGAAUCACUUCUCUCCUCAGCUCGACGUCUGACUAGCCUCACCAUGCAUCUCUUUCCGCGGUAGCUACGUCUUUUCCGUGUUUCUGCAUCAUUCCCUACUACCAUAAUUUUGUUCGCCCUAUGCAAAUUUCUGUUGGUCACAGUGCGUUGCUCGUCCUCUACCGCAAGACCAUUCUUCACGUAAAAAUUGGAAGCGUGCACGAUGUCCCUAGUAUUAGUAUUUAGAGAGGAUGUUUCGUGCAUGCUGUCUAUAGGAUAUAAGUUAUAAGAAUAUAAGUUCUAGAACGCAUCUGAAGUCCUUGGAAAAAUUGUGCUAUCCAAGCAAACAUUUUUAAUGUAUGAUUUUUGCAGCUGGCGGAAAUAGGCGCAUUUAAGUUAGAAUUGGGGUGUUAACUAAUUAUCCUAGGGUUAUGCUGCCCGUUGGUCAAUACUGUGACUCGUUCCCGUAAGUAAUCCUUUCCGAACAAAAUCACAUUUCAGAAUUUCAUCUUGAUUAUUUUCGUCAUCUACUGUAAGUGCUGGAAAACAUGCGAGUUCCGGGUACUUAAGUUACAUAAGAAGAUAGUUACUGAGGCUUAGUUUGUUCCUUCGACGCGAGAUCAUCGCCAGGCACAGCGGACGCUUCCUUGUCGAUCUAUGUUUAACUAACGCCCGCUAGGAGAUAUCCUCGACCGUUUUGUUGCAGAGUUCACUGAGCGGACGCAAGUUAAUGUCUGCCGACUGAGUUAUCGAUCGAACGCUGUGUUUCUUGCAUUUGACGUGAGAGGUUGUCGUUUUGUCAGGAGAGUGGGAGGUCGAACGAGUGGCCACCAAGGAAAGGUGAUUUUUUUGUCGUACAGCAGCCAGUCUAGACUUGCUUAUCGGUCUCACCAGCAUAAUUUGUUCAGCCAUACUUGUAUCCUAUCCGCUAACUGUCGCCAAAUUUUAUUGCCGGCUGAUGACGGCUAACGGGCCAGAAAUGGCCAUUUCAGUUUUCCUUUGUCUUUGUCGGCAAUACCAUAAUGGCAUUAUUGACAAAUUCAUAUUCAUAUUGACCCAACUGUAAAAAACUCGGCUCCUCGGUGUGAUUCGAACCCACGCAGUAAGGGGAAGGCUUUAGUACAGCCGGUACAAUAAUUAAUAUUACAACCCCACCUAAGUAAUCAUUUCCAGCCGAAACCACAUUUCGAAAUGUCGACUAGCAUUUCAUGAGAUUGGCCGGAUCACAGCUAUCGCGGUUAUUUUGUUGUCGAAGUUGUUCAUAGCCAGUAGUCAGUAAAAUCGGCCGAUGCGUUUAUGUCCGCAGACAGUCAUUCCAUAUCCCAAGUAUUCUGGUAGGGAGCCGACUACCUCAUGCGCUAUCUGUUUUGGCCGACUGCGAACUCCCUCCCAAACUAUGCAAAUGACUGCACUUCAUGCUGAUUGUAUAUAACUGCACUUAAAUUUUCACAUGUAUAUUGAAAUGACCGCCUGCCGCACCCUUCGCAGUCCCGCACUGUAAGAACGUUUUCCGUGAAAAAAUAUGUUACUGACAAAAUUAUAGUAAGAUGUGCAUUUAACAUUUAUAUUUUAUGUACCGUUUUCAAUAGGGUCAUCAAGGGCAUUGCAUAUUACCCUAAAAUACACUAUUAUUAUUAUUAUUAUUAUAAAUACUGAGAGACUUUGGGUCGAAAAUGCACAAUCUCGGCGCAUAAGUGAGAGGAAUCGAAUUCGUUGUUGGCAUAGUCCGAAUUCCCACCAUUCUCGUCAGUCAUUGUUGAUUUUGCUCUAUUCAGACUCACCCACCCACCAUAGGCAUAAAUUCUAGUCAUGUUUGUAGUUAUGACCUCAGUCAUUAAUGUGAGAGACGGCCGCCCUCAAUUCCAAUCAGCGCUUUUGUGGUUGUUCAAACGUUUACUUUGGUUUUUAGCUGUGAACUGGGCGACUCCUUUAGUCUGCUCCUUGCAAAGGCUCACCUGGAUGCCUACACCUCGGUCUGUGAUAGUCUGGACGCCCUCCAGCCGUCAGCCGACGCCUCCAACCUCGGAUCCCCGCGGUCUUCCGCUCUCACACAGCCUAGAGCUCUACAGCUAAUCUUUGACGUGCGCUUCCUUCUCCGUCUCCUUGUGUGGCCAUUGCUGGGCUCACCUGCUGCUGGUGAGGGUGGGGGUCGCGGCCCCCGCAGCCCUCAGAUCGCCCAACGCGCCAGCGAAGUGAGCACCCAGGGCCAGCACCUUCUGACCCGCCUGGAACGGGCUGUGGAUCCCUUUGAUCUUGAGAUGAGCGCAUCACGCAUGAACAGCGAUAUCACCCGAGCAGUCACCGCGGUCUCCUGCCUCUACGGCAUCCUAGUGCCGCAGUCAUCGCCCGCUCUCACGGGACUGGAUGUGGGUGCCGGCGUCGGGACUGCCACCAAAGUGGAGGAGGAGGUGCCCUUUCUGGCUCUUCUGCCAAACUCGCUGCCCUUGGAUUCGACCCAGGCGCCGGCGGAGGCACCGGAUGGCGAGAGUGGCGACCGUGGUAGACGCGCAGUUAACUUUGCUCUGUUGCCCUUCUCUAUAUCCUCGAUGCGUCCGCCACCAGCGCGGUUAGCAAAGGUCCAGCAACCGUCACCCGCACCCACCGGAGGAAUAGAGGUACUUACUGGCUGGGUGCCACGUUUCCGAAUCGAAACGUACUUGCUGCUGGAGCCUGCUAUGAAUGUUUACUUUGUUUAUGCGUUGACGCGCCUUCUUUGCAUAGAGCAGCAACUCACCAGUUUGCCCCUUUUAUCGGAGUUUGUUGUAUGUUGGUUCGGAAGGAACGUGUUCAACUUUGACGAGUCCAGCUAGAUAGCUUUACGGCAGGAGGGCAUUGCGGUAGAAUUUCAGCCAAAACCUUCAUAGACUCCCAAUUCAGUCCACAGAGGUGGGCAAAUUCGCUCGUUUUAGCGUAGUAAACAACCUCUAGUUCCUAUAUUUCACUAUUUCGGAGUGCUGAUUGCUUUCAUCCACAACGGGCUACGCUUGUCGCGGUUAAACGGUGAAAGCUUGUGCAGUCUGAGCGCUUUCAUAAUCGGGGCAAAUCCUAGUGUUGGAAGAAGACAGAAGGAACCAGGAUGUGGGGUUUAUUGUGCACAGAACCCGGCAUUGUCCUCUCAGGCGGCAGUGGUCACUGGCGAAGCCAGGGCUGCUGUUGACUGCGUCCAGUCAUGUCUAAGAGUCACUGGGACAGUGGUGGCAGCCACUUUUGUAGGCCCGUGGGCCAAGCUCAAGUGGUGUCCAGUCAGUGUGUGCUGCAUUUGUCGAGGAGUGGUGUCCCAGUGGCUCAGGUUGCGGUUGCAGGGGGGAGGUGCGUUCAAGUGGCCGCAUGGGCAGCUGUGGCUGUGCGGACGCAGGCAUGCCCGAGCUGUCGGUCGUGUGACUUCAGGUCAGCGCGUCUGGGACGGCUCACUGCAAAAGGGUGAAUAACCUUGAGGCAGCGAGGUCUUGAACAAUGACCCCAGACCGGUCAUGAUGGCUGCUUGCUACAACUCCUCACGCACGUGAGGUUGGGGAUAAAAUUAGAAAUCUUCACCCGCUGUGUGCGACCACACAGGUCAGACGAUUUCAAAUUCAGAAGUUUACCACCUAUUCCGAAGGAGGAAAAUUUCAGGAGGAAGAGAGAAUGGUCUACACGAUCGAAAGCCUUAGGGAAGUCGAAAUAGACUGUGUAACGUGCAAAACCAUUGUCUCUAGCUUGGAGAACAUGACCCCAGAUAGAGAGAUGGCUGGUGUCACAAGACUCAGUUUUGAGGAAUCCAUGCUUAGGAGCACUCAGUAGGUUGUUCUCUGUUAGGUGACACAUCAUCUUAUCUUUGUUUAACGUCUCUAAGAUAUUGGAGACUACCGAGGGGGUGUUUAUUGGUCAAAAGUCGUCAAAUGACAUAGAGUGACUGUGCUUGGGAAUAGGCAAAUUAUGGGAUUUCUUCCGAAAAGUAGGAUAGGUCUCACUUUUAAGAGAAAUACAAAGUAUCUUGCACAGGAGGGACAGGAAAAUUCCAUUUCCAUCCGCUUUUAAAAUGCUAACUGGGAUGCCAUCGGGUCCCGGACUAUGAGAAUGAUGAAGACGCCGGCACGCUGGACCAGCACGGGAUUUAGACCGGCUUUGUUGCUCCCGCGCAAAUGGGAGGGAUGUUAUGGCAAGCCUAGGCGUAGUUCUUCACGUUGCUGCCGCCGCCGCACCAGCCGACUCGCAUACACGAAUUGUUUGACUUGGUCAGUCACUUCGUCCGCGCCCGAAUCCGGUCGUCUUGACGCUGUCUCGUCAGCAGGGUGAGGUAGGAGCGAGCGCGGUAGAUACAGUGCAAGUCUGACUCACCAAUAUGCACGCAGGUCACCGUUGCUGCACCCAAUCUUUGGGGAUGAUAAGGUGGACGUCAUUGCUUGCGCCAGCCAAACCAUCAGGCAUAGAUGGUGUAAUUCCACUUCUUCUCAAUCGGCUGUCUGGCCUGAUUUAAGCGGGGGGAGUCACUGGAAAUACGAAUCCCGGCCAUAGGAGAAGAACGAUUGUGCGUUGAUUCUUGCCAAAUGCUGCUAGGUUUCAGCCGUGGACUCUCCCUACUACCUACUCCAUUAACUAUUUUUUAUAUUUACCACUUUUUAAAUAAAUUUUAACUUUGCAAUCAACACGCUCUAAUUAAUAUAUAGUCGUGUCGGGUGUUUUCUGCCUUCAAUAGGAGGGAGUCGACCCAUGAUACGGACUACACUGCCCAGUAGAAUACAUUGUAAACCACUUUUAUGUUUUUUUUUCUAAGGUCCCCAAAAAGACACCGACGGCCACCUCAUCCAGUGUUAUGGACUCCUGGUUCGGCCACCUAUCAUUCUCCUAG